CGCGCCUAAGACAGCAACAGUGGCCCGGGACCCCCUUUGCGUUUCGCUUUCCUGGAGCUCGGGAAACUUCAGGCAGCGGCCCCUGCUCUCAGCCGGGCUUGCAGACGAAAAGGCCAGCUCAUCUCACCAAUUGCUCUCGCUGCCCACCCCCCGCCCUGCUCUCUACCCUUUUGCGUGUGAGAACAAGGAUGACGCCUCAUCCCUCGGGUGCGCCAGCUGUCCAAGUGACCCAGGAGACAGAGCAGCCCUUCCAGGGCGUCUUCGACGACGAAGUGAUCUGCGUGGCGUCGACUCCAACCAGCCAAGCUCGAGUGCGGGGGAACUGUGCGGACGAGGAAGAGGGUGGCUGCCGAGGGGCCUCGAGGAAGCUCCGGACGAGACGCGGGGGGCGCAGCCGGCCCAAGAGUGAGUUGGCUCUGAGCAAGCAGCGACGGAGCCGGCGCAAGAAGGCCAAUGACCGCGAGCGCAAUCGAAUGCACAACCUCAACUCGGCCCUGGACGCGCUUCGCGGCGUCCUGCCCACCUUUCCCGACGAUGCCAAGCUUACCAAGAUCGAGACGCUCCGCUUCGCGCACAACUACAUCUGGGCGCUGACGCAGGCGCUGCGCAUAGCAGACCAUAGCCUCUACGGGCUGCAGCCUCCCACACCGCCCUGCGAGGAGCUGGGCUGCCAGGACGGCAGCUCUCCGGGAGACUGGGGCUCCCUCUACUCCCCGGUCUCCCAGGCGGGCAGCCUGAGCCCCGCCGCCUCGCUGGAGGAGCGUCACGGGCUGCAGGCACCUGCCUCUCCUGCCGGUCUGCGCCCCAGCGCCCUAGCUCUUUCAGACUUCCUAUGAAGGAGCCUGUCAACUGCUGGG